AUGUACCUCCCAAGAUCACUGAUCUCGCACCUAUACACUCAACUGGUCCGGACCUACCAGCCACACGAUUCACCCGUACUUAUCCUCUCCUCCCUCGACCCAGACGCGAUAUGCGCGUGCCGCAUCUUUGCUGCGCUCCUCAAGCGCGACUACAUACCGCACAAAAUCCAGCCAGUCGCCGGCUAUGAGGAUGUCAAAAGGGCCGGCGAGACGCUCGUCCGGCCUAUGAAGACCACAGAAGGCGGCGGUGGCGGUGUAGUCAUAUGUCUGGGCGUGGGAGGUCUAGUUGACCUCUCGAGCAUGCUGGGUCUAGACAGUGACGAUCCAACGGAGUCUAUGGGAGGCGUUGAUGUCUGGGUGUUGGACGCACGAAGACCGUGGAAUCUCCACAACGUCUUUGGCGGACAGCCUCCCAUCAUGCCCCUGCAAGAGACCGACGCGAAUAUUAGGCGAAAGGUUCCGGGAGUAGAUAAAGGUUGCAUACAGCGAGCAUACAAGCCAGGAAAGGGCGGUGUCAUCGUAUUUGAUGACGGUGAUAUCGUCGACGAGCUCAACGCUGAAAGGGACGCGUAUUGUGCGCUGGUGGACAUGCCGGAGGUCGACGAUGACGAAGAUGGUGAGGACGAUGAGGACGACGAUGAGCAUGACGAGAUCGAAGACGAUCACACGAGCACUUCGAAGAAAAGGAAAUCCUGGUCGGAUCGAGAUGACGAUGAAUCAAGUGACGAGGACGACGAAAGACCGCGUCAAAGGCGACGGAGCAAUUCCGGAUCCGCCAUUGCUUCACCGAACAGGACGCCUCCAUCGUCACAGCCGUCUUCGCCGCCACCUCAGGCCAAGCAGCCGACUGCAAGACAGCUUCGGAAGAAGCUACUGGCACUCAGGCGGUCUCAUGAAAGUGUGCUCGAAAAGUACUACGGAAUAGGAAACUCCUAUUCGGAGCCGAUCAGUUCUCUGGCUUACUCUCUUGCUUCUGAGCUCGGUCGGGAAGACAACGAUAUGCUCUGGCUUGCCAUCGUCGGAGUCACUUCGCUAGAGCUUUCAGGCCACACAUCUACUGGUCUGGGCACGUCGCGACCAAAAGCACACCAUCUGCCAAAUGACUAUCACAAAUCGUGGAAAGCGACGAGAUCUUCGCGGACGUAUGCUCUUCUCCGCGACGAAGUCCGUCGCCAGAACCCUCCGAGGCUCGAAGAUGGCUCGUUGUUCAUGGGAUCUGGAAGUCCGACUUCACCUUCGGACAACUCGAUUCGCUUGUCGCCGGACCCACGCUUUCUGCUUCUGCGGCACUGGUCGUUAUACGACAGUAUGCUUCAUUCACCAUAUCUAGCGUCGAGACUACAUGUGUGGAGAGACGAUGGCGUCAAGAGGCUGCACAAGCUGUUAGCCAAGAUGGGCGUGUCCUUGACGCAGUGCAAGCAGACCUAUACGCACAUGGACAUGGAACUGAAGAAAAUGCUUCGAGAGAGACUGUUACAAUAUGCCGGCGUGUAUGGCCUCGACGAUAUUGUACCGACUGGGAAUGGUCACGCAACGUAUGACCAAGAGGGGUGGGGAUUCAUUCGGUCCUGGGGCUGGAAAGCACAGCUCAGCGCCAUCGACGUCGGUGUCAUACUUGGUGCCAUACUAGAUGUGGGCGACUCUGCUCGAGCAACAGCCAAAUCGUCCUCGGGCACGUAUAAUGGCUCGACACAAUCUACCGACAAACCGAUUGACGUGGCAGACCGCUCAGAAGUCUUGAUCCCACGCUUCUUCGCGGCGUAUGAUGCUCUUGGUCCGAAUCACUCAGCACAGCUGAUCGCAGCGAUACCUACAGCGCAGCAUCUGCUCAGAUCAAUUCACCGGACUGGUUCGUCCUUGAUGGGAAAGAAGCAAUUGCGGCAUCUUCGAGCUUUCCGCCUCGGAGUCGUCAAAGACGGUCCAGAUCUUGGGCUGUUCGCCAACAGUCCUGGAGCACUUGUCAAACUCGCUCUGUGGCUAGGUGAAUCAAUCGAAGUCAACGAAAGCUCAAAAAGAGGCGCAGGCGAAUCCACGCCACUGGUAAUAGCAGCACUGGACGAGCUGCGCGGCACCUACCUGAUAGUCGGCACAGGCGGAGGCAUCGGCUCUGUCAGCGACACAGAAGCCAAGAAAGAGAAGGUUGAAGCGCGCGAGAAGCGCCGUGCGGAGAAAGAAGACAAGCGCAAGAAGAAGCAACAAGAGCGGGAGAAGCGCCGACAACUCCGCCGCACUGCACUCGGUGACGAUGCUGAUUACGAAGAGGAAGACGACGAUACGGAGAGUGAGAGUGAUGAGUCGUCUGACGGCGACGAUGAAGACGCGGAGGAAGACAAGCAGGCCAAGAUUAGAGGAUACGGGCAUAAUCGCUUCGGACUCUGCUUUCAGGAAGUCGUGGAGGAGACGAAGGCUAGGCUCAAGAUCGACAGUUUUGACCAUUGUGUGGUGGAGGUGCAGAAGGAAGAUCUCCAGGGUUUCUUGGAGGGUCUGAGCUUCAAGAGUGUUGUGGGGAGGUGA